CCGAAUUGUCCAACCAGCUCCGAGGGUCGAAUCGCUGUUGCCUCGACGAUAGAGACCACGCUGAUAAGCGUUCAGUUCUAUUAUGUGGGUCCUAUGAAAGCGUGCUGCACUGACCGGAUAUGAGAAUAACAACCAUCCUUAUCGGCGAGGAAAUGCCCCUCAACCUCGGCACAUAUCUUCUCGUAGAACGCGGCCGUCGUGAAGAUGGUCACCAGCACAUUUGGCUGCGCCGCAGCCAGCCGAUUGCCGAGGGCGCAGAGAGGGCGGAUGUGUCCUGUCGCCCAGUCAGAAAGGUAACGAGCAGAAUAUGCAGAUGAUCGGACAUGGAAUGACGGUGCAGCAAGAUGCUGACCGCGAGCCACUUCCGCUAGAAAUAAGUACAAAAUUGUCUGGUGCGGGGCCCGUCGAUGAACACUUCCACAUGUUUUUCGAAUAGGAUUGCGGAGGUAUUAGGUGUCGGGAACCAGUCCCCGCCGACGAGUAUCCCGUCCAUCCAUUUCGGGGGCCGGUCGCUGUCGUCGACUGGACGGCGAACAACAGCUUGCCUGGCAGUCAUAUCAGUGAUGCGGAUUAAUCCCGUAGCCUAAUAGAUUCAUAAUCCUGUAGCCUAAUAGAUUCACCUUAAGCCCAGACAAA